AUGUCUAGAAUCGCAGUUUUCGGCCUCGGCGGCUUCCUCGGUGCUCCAGUCUUGGAGGCCCUUGAGUCCUCAGACAAGAUCAACUACCCAGUGUUGGCUGUCACCAGAGACGACUCCAAGUACAAGUCCACCGACAAGGUGAAAUACGUCAAAGGCGACACCACCAAGGAUGUUGAUGCUUUGACCAAGGAAUUGAGCGGCGUCGACGUCAUCAUCUCCUUGGUCAGCCCUAGUCCUGAUCUCAACGCUGCCAUUGAGAAGAUCGCUGCUGCUGUCAAGCCCAAGUUGGUGAUUCCUUCCCAGUUCGGCGUGGACAUCGAGGAGUCCCAGCAGGUUUUGCCUGGUUUCUUGGGCAUCAAGCAGGAACACUCCAAGAAGCUCAGAGACGCUGGUCUCAAGGUGGUGGACAUCCAGACCGGUCUUUUCGGCAAUGCUGACUCUUUUGCUGAGAACAUUGCCCCCUUGGUCGGUGCUAACGCCGAAACCAAGCAGGUCAAGUACCUUGGCUCGCCAAAGUUCGAGUUUUCCUACACCAUUCUUUCCGAUGUCGGUAAGGCUGUUGCUGCUGCAGCCACCUCCACCCCAUCGUCUCUUCCAGACCAAUUGAGAAUCCAGUCCGGUACGAUUUCUCAGGAGGCCAUUGUGGCCAAGUACGGCAAGAGCAAGUCGGUUGAGUUUUCUGCCACCGAGGUUUCCAAGGAGGAUGCCUUGGCUGAGGCCAAGAAGGUCUGGGCUGAAGGCUUUGAUGGUAGCAAGUUCGGCUACUACUUGCAGGCCAUUAUCUCCCAGGGUGAAGAGAAGGGCCUUUGGUUCACCAAGGACGACAACGAGGUGGUCAACCCCAAGGGUGCUUCCUGGAAGUGGACCACCCUCUGA